GUAAUUGCGUAUUCAGCAUCAGUAUACAUUAAAAAAAUCGACCAAAAUGUGGCGUUUCACCGUAGCACUUUGUUUCUGCUUCGCGGCUCAAAGAUCUUUCGCACAGAUAUGUGAACCCGUCGAUGUGCUCGACACGAACGUUUUAGCCAGAACUUUCGCACAAGGUGCACGAAGCCUUGCGGUGCCAACUUUGGAAGAAAACGAUCACUUGGCAGGUGAAUUCCGGAAUACUUUGGGAGAAGCAGUCGCGGUCUACGGCCGGUCUUUGGUGCUCAAUAUUUACGAUCAGAUGAAAACUCAGGGCAAGAUUUUAAUAGACGUCAUUAAUGAGCUCGCUGAUGAAUUGCAAUUUUCAAUUCAAACGUUCGGUGCGAUCGAGGCAGUCUGUAGCAUCGGAGAAGUCAUAGAUCGGAUUUUCAAGCAGUUUAAAGUAUUAUUGGCAUUGUCACCCGGACCUGGAAGACCUGCGCAACCGCCGCUGCCGCCUAUACCCGUUCUGAACGUGAAGGUGCAUCCUGUAGAGAGUGCGCUAUCGCUCGAUAGCCUGUUCGUCAACUACAACGCCACGUUGGAAGAAGUUACCAGGAACCUCUACGCGUACACAGGUGCGAUAUUUGUGGCAGGGUGGAAUUCUGUAUGGUCCUAUUACGAUAUCUAUGGAUUGGAAACUCGCAACGAGAUCCUGAAUGACAAAGUAUUAGACGUUUAUAGACGCGUCGCGUCGCAAAUUAAUUAUCAAUGCGAUUUCAUUAAGACGAACGUCAACCCGGACUUAUGGGAAUCUUACAAAUGUGCUGCUGAUCGCAUAGAGGCGGAAUGGAACGCUUACCAGCUGUACAAAAGUCAAGUCACAUGCUUAGCAACCUUUUAAACUACGUUAUAGGGCAAUCCUAGUCCUGUUUCCGUUGAUAGAAACAUUAUCUAAAG